GAUGUGCAAAGUACUCAUCUUCAGCUGCCUUUCAGUACUAAUGCUUAUGACUACAGCUUAUGGAGCACCUCUAUCAGAGAAAGACAACACUCUUAAAACUUUAAUAAAAGAUUUAGAAAACCUGGGAACAAGCAUGAAUGGGAUUGAUCUUGAGCUCUACACACCAAAUGACACAAAGGAGUGCAGCUGGCAAACUCUGCAAUGUUACUUGAAAGAAAUAGUCACCUUGGAGGAAGAAAUUGAAGAUGAGGAUGAAAUUGAAGAUGAGAAGGUAUCUAGUGUUCGGAAUAUCAAAAUGAAUCUCCAAAAACUUAUGGACCUAAUUCCCCCAGGAACGGGAUGCAAUAUCUGUGAAGCUAAUGCCAACAACUUCCCUGAAUUUCGCCAAGAGCUGACCAACUUCCUGAGAUCUAUGCUAAAAUAAGCAGAUGACC